AUGAGGUGUGUUGCUCAUAUUCUUAAUUUGGUGGCGAAUGAUGGGAUAAAGAUGUUGAAUACCGCCAUACAAAGCAUUCGUAAUGCGGUUAGAUAUGUAAGAUCUUCCCCUCAAAGGUUGGAGAGCUUUAAAACGUGUGUUGAGAAAGUGAGAAUAGAAAGCAAAGGGCUUGUGAUUUUAGAUGUCCCUACUAGGUGGAAUUCUACAUUUUUAAUGUUGGAAUUAGCUUUGAAGUUCAAUAUGGCUUUUGAUAGGUUGAAAGUAGAUGAUGGUCAUUACCUUCCUUACUUUACUAAUGAAAAUCAUGAUAAUAUAAGGGAAGGGCCACCUUCAACUUAUGAUUGGAGUGAGGCGGGAAUAUUUGCAUCCUUUUUGAGACCUUUCUAUGAAGUCACUUUAAAAGUGUGUUGUUCUAAUACUCCAACAAUUCAUACUACUUUUGGUGAUUUGUUUAAGAUCAAAAGUCUCCUCCUUGAAAACAAAGAUAAUGAAUUCUUGUCUAUGAUCUCCAUGUUGAUGCAAGAAAAAUAUGACAAAUAUUGGGGUUCAAUUAAGGAUAUGAAUCAAUAUGUUUUUCCUGCACUUGUGCUGGAUCCUCGCCAUAAAUUGGAGAAGGUGGUUGAUUAUUAUGAGAUACUAUAUGGCGAUGACGAGGAAAAAGUUGAAAUUACAACCAAUGUGGUGAAAGAUUUGUUGUUUGAUCUUUACAAGAUUCAUGAAGAGUUAUCUUUUGAUGCACAACAAAGCACAAGUAAUGGUGGUGGUUCUCAAUCGGCAACUACAAGUGGAGAUCCUUUAUCAAGCAUGACAGAGAUUGAAAGAAAGUUGAAAGAGAAAAGUGAAAUGAGAAAAGCAUAG